AUGAAGAUGGAGAUGGACGUAUUUAACCCUUCCCACACUGCAGAGCUCCAGUUCCUCAGGUCGCGGGUUCGGGAACUGGAGAAAGAGAAAGACGAAAUGGCGGCUGAAAACCAACGGCUACAUAACAUGCUAGUGAAGGGUGAGGAUGAGUAAAAUCAAUAUAAUUGUAUAAUUAAACUGCUCUGAACUGAUCACAUUCCCUCAUGCAUGUUUCUUCUUUCCUUUGUGGUGUCAUCCCCCAGAGAUCCCUGGCCUGCUGUCCACCAUGUGGCAGACCUUGGGCCAAGCCAACCAGCCCCCCCACCCUGCAGUGUCCCCACAGGCUGUCUCUACGGCAACAGGGAGGGGCGAGAGCUACACGUACACACACCACCACUCCGUGUCAGGACACUUUGGCCAAGGGUUCAGUUCUCCACUCCAUCAUCAGCCCAUGUCCAACCGCUCAGCUUUGACUCAGGACAACAUGAAUGGAAGCGUGUCCAACUUUGGACCCGAGAUGGCCGUCAGUGAGCACAGUGUGGACGGAGACUUGGAGCUGAGUGACAUCACAGAGGACGACGACCCCAACAGCUCUCUGUGUGGCUCAGCAUCCAACCUACCUGUGAUGAGGACAUGCUCAGAGACACACUGUGUUAAUGGGACUGGCCAUGUAAGGAAAAAUGCUGUUCAUUCCAAAUAAAGACAGAUUGUUAACGUAGCCACCAUUGACAUAUCUAUCCUCCUCCAAAGGUUAUGGAGGUCUAAAUGUGUUUUUAAUUCUGAUCACAUUUGCUCUCUCUCCCCAUUGGUUGUGCAGGUAAACCAGGUGGAGGUAUACCCUGGUUCCGGCGUCUUCUGUGAAAUGCGGUCCUGGCAUGCAGCCAAUCAGACGCAGUCUCCCACAGCGAUGGCGCGCACCCUGUUGCUGGGCGUGUUCGACAUGGACACCUUGCUUAACAGCAACCUGCGAGGGGGGAGGAGCCGCAGACCAACGUUCCCCAACCACCGCACCGCCCUGGACCCACACAAGCUCAACGCCAUCUAUAGUACGUGUGUUAUUGACACAUUCCCUGAUCAACAGCCUUACCAACAACCUUCACCCACUUUUCAUUGUAUUUUUCUCCAAGUUCACUUGAUCAUUCAUUGAUAAGUGAAAACAACACACUCACUUUCUCGAUCAUUAGAAAGAUAUCUGACUGGUACAGUUAAAGUAAAAAAUGGCUGUGUUCCUCACUCCUGCGUUGUCCUCCCUCCUCCAACUGUUGUUGUGCUGUCCCUCGCUCCCUCCGCAGAUGCCACGCUGGCCCGCUUCCCAUUGGCCAGGAAGGGUCAGAUUGGCACCGGCAUCAACUCCAAGCUGUCUGAGAUCCGGUUCCGAUCCAGGAGAGCCAACCGGGACCCCAGUUAUCUAUGAAGGACUGUUCCCGCCCAAACACCAAGUUGUAUUCAAUCAACAUUUUAGUUAUCGUCUUUUUAUCACAUUAACUGUUCAACUGUAUCAGUGCAUGUGCGUGCCGAAUGUCUUGCCUAUGAAUUUUUCCACAUUGGCUUAAACAUUGUCUUCUGCUGGAGGUACUGUGGAAGAGAAUGGUAAAAGGACUCAAAAGACGGGCUGAUGAUAGAGGAAGGAUUCAAGGCCAGUGGAAAAAGGUGCAUAAGAACUGGCUUUGAUGGUUAAAUCCCCCCUCUGUCACCGCCAGCCAUUAGCAAACCACACGUGAAUAGCCCCCGGGGUAUUCUCUCAGACUGAUAGAGAUGCAUAGAUCCAGGACUGCUGACCCAUGUGUGAUCAACCAGUGGAGGAACAGAGGCUUCAGUCACGUCUCACCAGACAGACGCCUCUCUGUCGUUGACCUCUACCCACUUAGACAGAGGAGACGAGGGGGGGAUUGG